UGCUCUCUCUCUGUUUCGCUCUGUUUCUACCUUCCAAAUUUGAGAUUGAAACCAUGGCGUCUUUGUCCCAAAUCAAUCAAUUUCGCUGCAAAGCCCUUUCAGUAACCCCUUCGGCUUCUAAUUUUAUGCCUAAACCUUCAAUUUCUCUGCCAUGCAUGGUUGAAUUUUCCGGUCAAUCCAUCAGAAAACGGAACAGUUCGCUACGGCCGGUUUUGUGUGUUCGAGCAGUGACGGACGACGACGAAUGGGGUCCUGAUAAGAAGAAGGAGGAGGAGGGUUCAGCGGUGGCAGUGGCUGUCGCGGACGAGAAGGCGGCGGAGGAGUCGGAGACUGAUCGGCUGAAAAAGGCGUUGGUUGAUUCGUUUUAUGGGACCGAUCGAGGACUGAAAGCGACGAGUGAGACGAGGGCAGAGAUUGUGGAGCUUAUCACGCAACUUGAGGCCAAGAACCCAAACCCUGCGCCUACUGAGGCAUUGGCACUCCUCAAUGGAAAAUGGAUUCUCGCGUACACAUCUUUUGCAGGUUUGUUCCCACUAUUGUCAAGGGGAACACUUUCCCUGGUGAAGGUAGAGGAAAUAUCUCAGACCAUUGAUUCUCAAAACUUCACCGUUCAAAACUCAGUUAAGUUUGCUGGCCCUUUGGCUACCACCUCAGUCAGCACCAAUGCCAAAUUUGAAGUUCGCAGCCCACAACGUGUUCAGAUCAAGUUCGAGGAAGGGAUCAUUGGCACCCCACAGCUGACAGACUCGUUAGUGAUCCCGGAAAACGUGGAGUUCUUGGGACAGAAGAUUGACCUGACACCUUUCAAAGGAAUACUCAACUCUGUGGAAGACGCAGCCUCAAAUGUUGCCAGAACAAUUUCCAGUCGGCCUCCAUUGAAAAUCCCAAUCAGCAACAGCAAUGCCCAGUCAUGGUUACUUACUACAUACCUAGACCAAGAACUUCGCAUCUCCCGGGGUGAUGGUGGUAGUAUAUUCGUCCUCAUCAAGGAGGGAAGCUCCCUGUUGUCAAGCCUAAGCACUUAGUUUAUUCUUAGCCCGUUGAAAAUGCAUGUUCAAAAGUAAUAAACCUUUGAUAGGCGCUAGGUUUGAGCACAUUUGUGUAAUGGGAUUUGGAAAUGCUCUGUGCUUAUUCGUGGUGUAUAGGUGAAGUGUUUGUAUGAGAAAUAAGAAUGGUUGAGUUAAUACUAAAUGCUUUAUGCAUAUGGGUCAGAACCCUAGCCGAAAU